GAUUUAAGUACUGUAACCAGCAAUAAUAAUUCCAGUGUUCCCUAGGUAUGUGACUAUGGAAGUAGCAAUUUUAUACGGUGUUGCCCUCGUGGCGUUUAUUGUUCUUAUCAUUUGUCGUCGAGUCUGCUUGACUCUUACGGCGAGAUGUACUCAAUUUUUAAGGAGUCAUAUUUUAUACCCGUUGAUCUGGGAUCGCAAGGAACAUACCGAUAACCUUACUCGUCUUGGCUUAAUAUCUCUUCUCAUCCUCUUGGGGGUUUCUAGGGGGGAAAACCAACCCAUUGAUCGGUUUUUCUGGGCUGCCAUUUUCGACUUAUUACUUUGGUCACCAUUGGUUCGGAAGAAUCGCUACGUUAAGAAGCGCUAAUUCAUUUUGGGUUAUCCUUUUCCAAGAACAACAAUGAUAUAUCUGUAUCAGGCUAUAUCGUUGGAUCCGCUCUUGUCACCCUUACUAUCUUAUCUUUGUGGUUUGUGCGACGGAUACAUUAUGGUCUGUUUUUGAAAGUGCAUGUUGUCUUUUCACUUCUAGCCUU